AUGCGGUCGAUUGCGGAUUUUUUCAACAAACCGGCAUUCUCGAAGGCAAAUAAUGAUCGCGCACAAGAAAGUCAAGGUUCUGAUGAACUCAAGUCUUCACCCCUCACGCAGCCCUCAUCGUCCAUGAUGGGCAAUCUGUCUCCGGAAUCGGAACUGAAGGCCGAGGCGCAGUUGAAUCGUGCGCUGUAUGUGUCACUUCAAGAAAGCUUUUCGCAACCACCCACAGGGCCAAAUUCUCAGAGUACCGAGUUUGCGCCAGUCUCAUUUCUCGAUGAAAGUUUUGGCGGAUCUCAGCGCAUCGUCAAAGACGGCAAAGAGGUAGUCAUCAGUUCUGAUGGAGAGGAUACAGAUUCAAUAUGUUCCUUGGACGACCCAGCCAGUCUCUUCGCCUCAAUAUCCAAAAAGCCCGAGACUGUCCCAGAAACGGGAAUGAAACCGGGGCUUAAAAAAGUCAAAUCGCCUAAAAAGUACAAGCACACAAUUGAUUCUCUUGUUUACGAUGCAGUGGACGACAACGAGAUCGAAGCCAAAGUCACUCAAUUAAAAGCCAAGCUGGCGCAGAAUACACCAAAGGUCACUGAAGAUAAAUCCGAUCCUAAAAAAGGACUGAAUGAAAGCGUCUUAAGUUCAGCUCUGGGCGACGAAAAUGACGAUAGUAUUGGAUUGCAACGUCUUCUGGAUGCUGUUAGAAGAACAGAGGCUUUGGACUACGACCGAGCCUGGCGAUUCUUCGAUGGGUCACAAACGUUACCAUCGGCUCCAGAAUUUCCACCACACCUGUUCAGGAGCGGAACAUAUCUAGAUGAAUUUCUAACAGAUCCCGAAGCUCGUGAGCGCCUUUUUAUGUCAGGGGACUUUAUUCAGAUGGCAUUGUGCAAGGAGCUUCUGCCAGACGACCUAAUCAUGUGGACUUUCCGUUCCAUUCCCUACGAGCGUCGAAACGAAAUCAGCAACGCUUACUAUCGGAUUAUCAAGGGCGUGGAUGUGGACCGUCUCAAAUCACUUAUCCGUCCCGCUGAUAUCGAUGACCUUUUUAUGCGAUUGGGAGCUAAGCCCCAAUCAUUGGAUCUCUCCAUCGCAAUCAAGCCUAUUCCAUUACAAGAAGCCACCCCAGACUCAGGCUUGAAGGACAGUUUCGGUCUCAUCUCAAUCCUCAAAUUACUCCGGGAGAUUGCCGACUUACUUGCACAAGAUACUCAAGAGCGAAUCGUCCUUCUCUUACUACGUCUUACGCUUGAUUUGUCCUUGACAGCAGACUUCGUGAUAUCCUCGGAGCUUCAGUGGACCAUCAAUGCAGUGCUCGACCCAGACAACUUUACCGAUACAAACGUCGAAGCCUUGUUGUCUCGGGUUUGCCAAAAUUUUUACGACACAACCACAGAUAUAUGCAUACAGAGCCGAGUUGUUCACCACAUACUGCCAACUUCUCCGUGGUUUGCACUAUUGCGAUGCCGGCUUGCCGUUUCAUUUUUGCUAAAAAGGCCCAGUCCGCUGUUUGAGCCUCCUGAAGAUGUGCUUGAUCUCAAGCGUAUCACGGUGCUCCUGCUCAGCGAUGAGCGUUUCCAUGUCAAGCUGCUUAGAGGGAAAGGCGAUUAUGAUUACGGGGAAUUGAUUGCGAUUGCCGCUCUUCUCAAUGUUGCAAUUGAUUCCUCUGUGUUAGAAAUCAGACACAAAGAGACUCACACUGAAUCGGAGUAUAAUGCUGCUAUUGACAAGCUGGCAGCUCAGAUCAAGCUGAUGUUCAGUUCUAUUGAGGAUUCAGGUGCUUCGCAUCUCAAGCGAAUGUUGGCCAAAGAAGCUCUGGAGGCCCUGCACUACCGGAUUGUCUAUUCGGUCCGGUCAAAGCCACCGCCGAAAAAGGCACUGUUCAAGUCAUAUGCCAGAGAAAGAGAUGGUAACAUCCGCAGCUUGUUCGGCAGUCCUUCCAUUGAUAUCGGACAGAAUGUAAGACAGAGUGCGGCGAUUGCACCGAGGGAUUCCACCGCAUCAGUCGGUCACGCUUUAGGGAAUACAGAGAUCCCCAUCCGCAAGCAUGACCAAAUCCCAUGA